AUGCGCAGCCACUCGUUCUUCCCUGCCCUAAUAGGGCUUCUCCCUCUUGUUCCAGUUUCGGGUGUGGUUGCCUCUCCCUGCCACCCGCACGGUCCUCGCAAUCAUGGCAUGGGUCAUCAUGCUGGUGCCCAUGGUGGUCGUCCCGGAGGAGGAGGCUAUUACAAUGGAACUGGUGAUGGCUAUGGCGGAGGCCAGGGUGGUGGCCAUGGCGGACCCCCCGGUUCACCCAUAACUACCACCACCACCACCACCGCCGGCGCUAGUACAACCACAACCACCGACACCAGCACAACCACCGGCACCACUACAACUACUGGUACCACCACAACUACUGGUACUACUACCGCCACCACCACCACCACCACCUCCACCACGUCCACUGCCAGCCCGACUGCUUGCAGCGACUACUGGCUCGAAAACAUUGCCCACCAAGGCCUCGCUCCCUAUGCCACUGUUCCGAACUAUCGUGUCUUCCGCAGCGUCAAGGAAUUUGGCGCCCGAGGCGAUGGCAUCAACGAUGACACCGACGCCAUCAACGCCGCUAUCAGCUCCGGCAACCGAUGCGGCCCUGGAUGUGAUGGUUCCACCACGACUCCGGCUCUCGUCUACUUCCCGCCUGGCACCUAUCUCGUCUCCCGACCCAUCAGAGAUUUCUACUACACCCAGAUCAUCGGUAACGCAAGGUGCCGGCCCGUGAUCAAGGCCAGCGGAAACUUCACUGGGCUUUAUGUCGUUGACAGCAACCCAUACCAGGAUGGUGGUGAACUAGCCUGGACCGCUACCAACGUCUUCUGGCGCCAGAUUUCCAACUUCGUCAUUGACAUGAUAGCUGCGCCACCAACCACAGAUCCUAGGGCAGGUCUGGCAGGUAUCCACUGGCCUUCCUCGCAGGCCACCUCCAUCACAAACGUCGAGUUCAGGAUGUCCACAGACCCCGAGACAACGCAGCAGGGCAUCUUCAUGGAGGAGGGAUCAGGUGGCUACCUCGGCGACCUGACCUUCAACGGUGGCCGCUAUGGUCUUCAAGUUGGUAACCAGCAGUUCACCAUGCGCAACCUGGUGUUCAACAACGUCCAGACCGCCAUCCGGCAGAUCUGGUCCUGGGGCUGGACGUACCAAGGCAUUAGCAUCAACAACUGCGGCGUUGGCUUUGACUUCACCGCAGUCAGCGACGGCCCCAACACAUUGGGUCUCUACUCGGUCGGCUCCAUCACCAUCCUCGACAGCUCCAUUCGCAACACCCCCAUCGGCAUCCGGAUUGGCAAUGCCGCCGCUGCCGUGGACACGCGAUCCGUCAACAACUUCAUCUUCGAGAACAUUGCGCUGGACAACGUCCCCGUCGCCAUCCGCAACGAGGACGGCGCCGGAAGCGUUGCCCUCGUCGGCACGCCCACCAACACUGUCAUCACCGCCUGGGGCAAGGGCAACGAGUACAACACGGCCACCGCCCUCAACAACACUCCCGGCACUCCCAUCACGGGCACCUUCACCCCCUUCGCGCGUCCUGCCAGUCUGAUUGGCUCCGAUGGCCGCUAUUACGCCCGCUCUAAGCCUCUCUACACCGAGCUGCCCGCCUCUUCCUUCCUCAGCGCGCGCUCCUUCAACGCCACUGGCGACGGUGAGACAGAUGACACCCUCGCGCUCAACCGCCUCUUCGCUGCCGCCGCCGAGCAGGGCAAGGUCGCUUACAUCGACCACGGACAGUACAUCGUCACCAGCACCGUCUUCAUUCGCCCUGGCACCCGCAUCACAGGCGAGGCGUACCCGCAGAUCGUUUCCGCCGGUCCCUACUUCAACAACCUUCUCAUCCCCAGGCCCGUCGUACAAAUUGGUCUUCCAGGCCAGCCGGGCAGAAUCGAGUGGUCUGACACCAUCGUGUCCACGCGCGGCCAACAGGCCGGCGCCAUUGGCAUCCAGUAUAACCUCGCCAGUGCUGGUGCCCAGGGCGGUCCCUCGGGCAUGUGGGACGUGCACGUGCGCAUCGGCGGGUUCGCGGGCUCCGAACUUCAGCUGGCGCAGUGCGCCAAGACACCUCUGACCGAUGCCAACAUUCCUACCAACAUCAACGAGGACUGCAUCGCCGCCUUCAUGAGCAUGCACAUCACGGCGCCCUCGUCCGGCCUGUACAUGGAGAACUGCUGGUUCUGGGUGGCGGACCACGACAUCGAGGACGAAGCCAACAAUUCGCAGAUCACCGUGUACGUCGGCCGCGGCCUGUUGAUCGAGUCCGUCGUGGGCCAGAUCUGGCUGAUCGGCACCAGCGCCGAGCAUCAUCAGAUGUACGAGUACCAGCUGUGGAACACGAACAACAUCGAGAUGGGCCAGAUCCAGACCGAGACGGCGUACUACCAGCCCAACCCCGACGCGCGGUUGCCGUUCCCUGCCGAUCCCCGCUUCCAUGAUCCCCUGUUUGGCCUCGGCCAGGACGGAUGGGGAUUGAGGAUCGUGAAUAGCAGGGGUGUUCGCGUGUACGGCGCCGGCCUCUACAGCUUCUUCGAUAACUACGACCAGGAGACGUGCAUUGCUGCUAGGAACUGCCAGAAGAACAUCUUCUCGUUGGAGGGCCCGCUGAAUGAUGUGUCGGUGUAUAACCUGAACACGGUCGGCACGAUGUAUAUAGGCAGAGUGGAUGGGCUCCGCGAUAUCAUCCCGAGUGCGGAUAAUGUGGGUAUGUUUGUUGCUGCUGUUGCGUAUGUUCAUACCAACAAUGGUGUCGUCAACUGGCAUUGA